CAUAUCAAAGCUCCGAGCAUUUCUGCUCAAGCUGCUGCCGCGGUUGAACUUUGUGAAGAAUUCAUUCUGAUCUGUUUUUGAGUUCUGGAGUUGGGGAAAAAGGAGAGAAGAUAUUUGUUUGCUUGAUUCCACAUGACAACUCCAGGGUAACUGAAUAGACUGUACGGUUGGUUUGACAAGGCUGCGCCCGCGCCAGCAGCCUCACAUACCAGAGACCGGGGGAUGGAAGGGGAACUGACAGCCCUAAUGGAUUUUAUCAGAAUUUCUCUAAAGACCGACAAUUUGCCUUCAAUUAUUAAUGUUUUUCCGAGGUUUCUCUUCUGAGAGGCUUCCCAAGCACUUCGUACCAUCCAGCGUGUAGAGCAUGGCAGGACAUCUGUGAGAUGUUGGCUGAGGAAGUAAGUCUUGAAAUAUGCCACAGAUUUAUACUUUGUCCUGAAUGGAUGGCUGAUGGACGGGGUUGUUUCCAUUCUGCCCUCAUCUAACUCCUUUGAGCACAUGGUACACGCAGAGUCCUGGCUGCGUGGCAGCAAGGGCCACCAUGCACCAUCUCUUUGGGCUGGUUUUGGCACAAAGGGACCUUUCACGUGCAGGGGAUCUUUUCUCCUUGGAUGAUGCUGAAAUCGAAGGAAGCCUCUCUGAAGCUCUUGAACAAAUAAGGAUAAUUAGUUCAUCUGCUGACUACCAAACUAAUGACAACGACCAGGCUGUUGUGGAAAUCUGCAUCACUCGCAUCACCACUGCCAUCAGGGAGACGGAAUCCAUAGAGAAGCAUGGGAAGGCCCUGGUGGCUCUCUGGGAGUCGUGUCUGGAGCACAAUCUGAAGCCUUCUGGCAAAGACGAGGACACGCCACAUGCAAAAAUUGCAUCUGAUAUCAUGAGCUGCAUCUUGCAGAAUUACAGCCGUCCUUCGGUGAUGGCCUUGGCUGUCCCCGUGGCAGUGAAGUUCCUUCAGCGGGGCAAUAAGGAGCUGUGCAGGAACAUGUCAAGUUACCUCUCCCUGGCUGCCAUUGCUGAAGCAGAGCUGCUGGCUGAUCACACAGAUGCCAUUGUCAAAAGUGUCCUUCAAGGGAACUCACUGCUGCUGCGUGUCCUUCCUGCCCUAUAUGAGAAGCAGCCACAGCCGAUGGCGCACCACCUGCCUGAGCUGCUGGCACUGAUGGGCCACCUGCAGCCAGCCGAGCAGCAUCACCUCCUGAGGCUGCUCCAGCUCAUGGCACGGAGGAAAGAGCUCAGGGUGCUGAAAGAGUGUAUUCCGUGUUUACUGGGGCUUGUAAGAGACCCCAACCAUAGUGACAUUGUCCUAAACGUACUGACAGAAGUGUCUGGCUAUGACCCAGCAGCCUUGGCUGCGUUUCUUCCAGAGCUAAAAGAAAUUGGUGAGAGUUUCCCACAUUUGAUUGGGCAAACGGCAAAGAUCUUUGGGGCUGUUGGACGUGUUGAUGAGGAGCAAGCCAGGAAGUGCCUGAUGUAUUUGGUGAACCAGCUGGCCAACAUGGAGCACUCUUUUCACCACAUCCUUUUGCUGGAAAUUAAGAGUCUCACCGACAUGUUCUCUGGCAUCUUGGGCACCCAGAGCAGAGACAUCUACCGUAUGAGCAACAGCUUCACUGCCAUAGCCAAGCUCCUGGUGAGACAGCUGGAGAGCAGCAGCACAGCAUCAGCCAGGACUGAAAACGAUAUGGACACGGAAUCCCCUGUACCACUGGGCAAUCUAAAAUCUGUUGUGAAUGGCAAUGAAGAGGAUGAAAAACUUCAAGUGAAAAUUCAGGCUUUUGAAGGAAAAAUAAAUAUUGACACCAGUACCCCUGGCUCAGUGAGAAGAUACAGCUUAGGCCAGGUUUCUAAAGAGGAAAGGAAGGAUAUGAGAUUUAACAGGUCCAAGAGCCUGGCUUUGCAUGCAGUCCGCAUGAAGGGAGUGAAUGCAGACAGUGGGCAAGAUGAGGAGAAUGGGGACGUAACUGCUGAGAUCUCCUUCACUGAGAUCUACAUCAGCCAAGAAAAUGACAAGUUGCCUUUUAGUGUUGAUGCUGAAGAAAUGCAACUGGGAAAUUCCUUGGUUUCACACCAGAGUAUCGACUGCACAGAACUGGAAGGUUCUUCAGCACCUGCUGGAGGAGAGGCCCAGGAAGGAAGCAUGGAGGUGGGGAAGGGUCCUGCAGAGUGCCAUGACAAGCUCUACCUGCACUUGAAGGAAAACCUGGGUAAAGUGAAAGCAUAUGUCAUGGAGAUGGGGAGGAGGAUUCCUGUCCCUGACCAUUGUGUUAUUGAAGAUACCAUGAGAAGCUGUGUAGCAAAGCUGUUCUUCAGCUGUCCCCUGAAGGGCCACUACUGCCUCUACAGCAAAUCCAGCUUCACACUGCUCAGCCCGCAGGCUCCACUGUGGAUCCACAUCAUGUUCCUCUUCCAGCAGGGCCUGUUUGCAGAACCUCUGUCAAUGCAGAGUAGUCCAGUGCAAGUCCUCAAGGCCCUGUGGGAGAAGACGCAGCUCAAAGGGACACACAGUUUUGAAACUGCCAUGAUCCAGUCUACGUUCCCACACCAAAAGUUUAAAACUCUGGAUUCAAAUUAGCUGCCAUUAUGGGACAUUUGGCAGCCGCUGGGAAAUCUGCCUCCUUGAACACAGACUUGGCUUCUAUGAAGACGAUCAUUUGCACAUGCACCAUUGGUUACCCCCACCAGUUUAAAAGAUUACUCUUUCAAAGCUGUUUACUGUCUCCAGGAUUUCAGGGAAUGCCAUUUCAAAGCUAUUAACCGUGCUUCCUGGAAAAGGACACUAUAGGAUUGUGAAACAAGUAUCUAUUCAUCCUAAACAUCUCCAUCCAGUGAAAUCGGAUGAAAUGCACUGUCAAACAUGGUUUUAAAGCACUGUUUCUCAGGACACUGGAGGCAUAAACAUGAAUGAGAUUAAUUUACAAAAGUUUUGGGCGGUUUAAAAAACAGGACUUUCAUUUGAAACACCUGAUCCCCCAAGCUUGCACUGCACAGAGCAGGGAGCUGCUGCCGCAGUGUGAGAGCAGCGGGUCACAGCUUAUGGGCCACUUGGACAUAGGCCCAGCAGAGUCCCCACCUGGUCUGUUAUCUGCUUGGAAAUCCCGUCUGGAGGCAUCCAGAGGCAUUAUGGAAGUCUCUGCUGCACAGUGCCAUUUAACUCGGGUCCAUGACAUCUGUCAGGUCAGAGCUGGUGGAGCACGGAAGGGUUUGGGGUGCAUACAGGGCUUGGAAAUGAGCGUGCUUUCAUUAGGUUAGGUGUAGUGCACUGUGUGCUCCCAUUAUGAAAAAUGCCUCGAGAUGUGAUCAGUCCCCAGCGCGACAGUUGCACAAUCCUGCUGCUGUCAGAGAGGCGUUCAGCCUGUUAGGGGAACUCCCGGCACUACCCAACAGGAAGAAUAUCUCCCAGUUCCUGAAGUCGUGGGGCUGGAAAAGGAGGUAAUGAUCUUCACUCACGAAAUGAAUGAGGUGUGGAUGGGCAGAGGGAGCUCCGGCAGAUGUGGGCUAUGGGAAGCGCUCCUGAUAUGGAGAACUGUUGGGCAGAUGGGAUGCAUCUGAGAGGGGAAUGGCUGCAGCAGUGCUCCCUGCAGCGUGAUGCUGCACCUACAUCCUCCAUUUUUGUUUUGCAUGUGACAUAGAAUCUGAAUUUGGGUCCCAUGACGUUUCUGUUGAGCAACUGAGUGAAGUUUGAUGGACAAAACGAUUGCUGCUGUUCAUCUUACUCCUCUUCCAGUAGCACAGAGAGCAGAUUUCUGGAUGUUUUCCCUUAAGAUGUUUUGAAAUCUCUUGAUGACGUUUGGAAUCCGCUGCAGAAUGAACACCGUGUUCUCUACCCAAUUCUUGCACCCCGUGUUACAGCGCUGUCUGAAUGUCCGUGCCAGAACUGGGGAUGCUGCUGCUGAUGUGGGAGCAUGCAGGGGAACUCUGCAGGCCGGCAGCCAGCAGGCGCCCAGUAAAGCCAAUACUGUGACCUCCACUCCACUAUAAAUCAAUGCAGACAUUUCCUUGAUGCAUAUUCAAAAGAGUGUUGCAAACCAGGAGGAAAAGCUACUGCAUCAGUGAUUUAUCCCAAUGUAAACUCUGAGCAGUAUUUCCAGCUUCACCUCGCUGUCAGAAUUCGGAACUGGGCCGGCCUGUGUGUGCAAGGAAUUGCAGCAGAUGCCUUACAGUGAGAAUGCCCGCAUUGCUGGGCAGCGCUGUCUCAAAUCCAAAUCGACAAUGGGAUUGUGCCACAAAAAAUAUUGAUUCAACACAGCUCAAAACGUGCCGGGAGUAAAGUGCUUCCAGAUGUGCAUCCCUACAGAUCUCCAUUCCAUUGCCUCACUGCUCUCUAUAGAAGACUAUGAAGGCUGUUCUGGUUGCAGCUGUGCAGAACGCGUUGUGUUGCCUCAUGGUGUAUCAGAGCAGCCAUGAGGUUCCCUCUCAGUGCCUCUUGCUGAGCAGCUUUGCAGGAGAACAGUUCACAUUUUUAAGCCGCUGCUGGCUCUGUCCUUCCCUGCUUUUUGUCUGCUGCCUCCCUCUGUGCAGCAGAAUGAGGUGCUGUGCUCUCACAGUGUGGUCACUGAUGUCUCCCAGGUGAUGGAAGGCAGGAUGAGAUGCAUCUUUCCUCUCCAAUGAGGCAUUUUCCCCCUGCUUCGUCUCCCAAAAUCAGCUCCUUGUUUCAGCAUAAAAGGAAUACAGAGUGGAAAAGGGCAACAGCUGUCUCACUAUUUCCCCGACAUUUGCCUUUCACAUGGCUCAUUGCAGACACUGGAAGGUUUCCCGCAGGAUCCUGGGCUUGUUCAGCUCCAUCCUCACAGUGUUCUGCACAAACUCACUGGGAGCAGUGCCCCGUGUGCUUUGUCCACCUCAAAGCCCCCAGGUGUGUGGGAGGAAGGCUGGGGGAGGCCAUGCACCUCUCCCAUUGCACAGCACAGUAGCCAGACACACUCCUGGACUGCAUGCAGUUCCUUUUCAGGGGGCAGUAAGCACCUCAGCAAUGCAGACAGAGCAAUGCAACCAUACAGUGCUGUGUUGUGCAGUGCCGUGGGGCAGGGCAAGCAGCCCUUCCUGCCCCAGAAGAUAGAAAAGGUGAGAAUGGCACAGCACUUCUUUGCUCAGUGGGGUGAGCCCAUACCCCUGGCAGCACAGGGUUUUGUUCCCAUCUACUGCAUGAAUUCCUGUUUUCCUUGGGCUGUGCUGCAGACCAGUGAUGGUCCUGAGGGAACAAACAGGAGUGUUUUCUGAGCCUUCCUGACUGCUCCUUCUGCACAGGGAGCAGUGUGGUUGUUGUUGGGAGCUGCAGCUGAGCUUUCUGCAGGCCUUUCAUCAACUCAGGCAUCACAUUGGCUUUGUGGCCCAGCCCUCAUUUCCUGGCUGCUCUCAAUGGAAGGACAGCAUCGCGUGUACCUGGAUGUGUUUUGUGCAGGAUAAAUCCAUCCUGUUGUUGCUUCAUUUCUGGAAACAUUCACAAUGACAUUUUAAAACAUUAUUAUCAGUGCUUCUUUCUGGGGGGUGUUUUCAGAACAUCUCUCCUUAUAAACAAUAACAAAAAAAGAGAACAGAUAAAGAGCAGCCUCUCCCCCUUGCUGCACUGGGAACCCACAGAACAAAUCUGACCUGCUGUCAGACAGGAGGAGGUCUCCAGCCUGUGGGACCACUGCCCCGGGGGUCCUGGAGAAUGCUGAGAGCUGGAGGGAAGGAGGGGCUCAGCUGUGGGCUCUGGUGGAAGGAAGGUGGAAAGCACUCAGCCCCAUGGUGUGCUUCCAGAGAGCUGUUACAGUGGGUGCUGCCAAUGGCAGAGGGAGAUGCCCUGCUCAGCAUCACCUGGGCAGGCCAUUUGCCAGCAUGAGACAAGUGAGAGGGGGCACUUGUCAGCUCCUGCUGUGAUGUGGGGUCCCAAAGUGUAAGGGGGUUUGGUUUGGUUUGGUUUCUCUCCUUAUUG